GAUACCAACCCUGCGACCCUCAGAUCAUCUGCAACCGCGUCAACCACGUGCAGACGUGCCUGCAGGAGCUGGGCGAGAUGGCGGCCAAGAGACGCCAAGACCUGGAGGAUUCGCGCCGCCUCUGGACCUUCUUCCAGGAAAUGGAAGAGGCUGAAGCCUGGAUCCGCGAGAAGGAAAGAAUUUUGGCUUCCAAAACCUGCGGCCGCGACCUGAGCAGCGUCUUGGCUUUAACCGGAGAGCACAAAUCCAUGCUGGGAGAACUGGGCAACCGCCGGGCUUCGCUGCACCAAACGAUGCAACGCGGCGAGGAGAUCCUGGCUAAGAAGGGCUGCAACCCCGAAGGCAUCCAGGAGAAGAUCCGCGCCGUCCGCUCGCGCUGGAAGAAGCUGGAGGAGGCGGUGGGGCUGCACCAGCAGAAGCUCCAGGAGGCGUUGAGCUUCUUCCAGUUCAGCGCCGAGACGGACGACCUGGUGCUGUGGCUACAGGAUGCCUACAGGAUCGUUUCCAGCGACGAUUUCGGCCACGAUGAUUAUUCCACCCAGAGCCUCCUCCGCAAACACCGCGCCGUGAUGGAGGAGGUGGAGAGGCACGGGGCGGCCGUGGCGGCCCUGAGGAGGCAGCUGGGGGCUUUGGCCCCCGAGCACCAACGUGGGGUGGAGGUGCAGAUCCGGGUGGUGGAGGUGGAGCAGCUGUAUGGGGAGGUGGCCGAGGUGGCCGUGCUGAGGCAGCAGUGGCUGCGCGACGCGUUGGCCGUCUAUAGGAUGUUCAGCGAGGUGCGAGCCUGCGAGGUGUGGGUGGACGAAAAGGAGCAGUGGUUGCAGAGGAUGGAGGUGCCCGAGGAGUUGGAUGAGGUCGAGGUGGUGCAGCACAGGUUUGAGAGCCUGGACCAGGAGAUGAACAGCGUGAUGGGCCGCAUCCUGGACGUCAACCAGGUGGUGCAGCAGCUGGUGGAGGGGGGCCACCCCAGCGCCGAGGAGGUGUGCGCCUGCCAGGACCACCUCAACGGAAGGUGGAACCGCGUGGUGGAGUUGGUGGAGCAGAAGAAAGAGCAGCUGAGCUCGGUGCUGAAGAUCCAAAAUUACCUCCUGGAGUGCGCCGAGAUGAAAGCCCAAGUGCGGGACAAGCGCAAAGCCAUCGAGGCCACGCGCUCCGGCGGUGGUGCUGCUGCUGCUGGUGGUGCUGGUGGUGGUGGUGGUGGUGACCUCGGUGGUGUUCUGGCUUUGCAACGCCGCCUGUCCACCAUGGAAGCUGCUCUGGUGGUGCUGGAGCCUCGUUUGGUGGAGCUGCAGCACGAGGGGGAGAUGCUGGCCGCCACCUACCCGGCGCGUGCCGCCGAGCUGCUGCCUCCCUUCGAGGAGAUCGGAGAGGAGUGGGAGGCUCUGAAACGAGCCCUGCAGGGCUGCGAGGAUUCUCUGAGCGUCGCCGGACGACUGCAGCAGUUCAUCCAAGAUUUGGACAGUUUCUUGGGUUGGUUGGUGAAAACACAAGCGGCCGUGGCGGAGGAGGAGAUGCCGGAAAGUUUGGCCGACGCCGAGAGGUUGUUGAACCGACACGCCGCGCUCAAGGAGGAGAUCAAUGGAUACGAGGAGGACUACGCCAAAAUCCAGGCUGCCAGCGACCUGCUGGCGUUGGAGGGGGCCGAGGUGACCUCCCUGUCCCUCCAGAGGUGGUUGCAGCAGUUGGACGCCGGGUGGGGGAAGCUGCUGAGCAGUUGGGAGGAGCGGCGCGAGGCGCUGGUGCAGGCGCACGUCUUCCAGCUCUUCCUGAGGGAUGUGGAGCAGUGCGAGGCUGGCCUGGAUAAGCAGGUGAGUAGGGGGAGGGAGUGGGAGGCCGCCCUGAGCCGCACGGAGCUCCCGGACGCGGUGGAGGAGGUGGCUGCGGCCAUCCGACGGCAGAAGGACGCGGCCACCAGCGCCGAGCUGAGCCGCAGGAGGGCGCAGGUGGCACUGAGGGCCGGCGAAGGUCUGAAGCGAGACGGCAACGUGUACGGAGCGCGCGUGGACAGAGCCAUGGACAGCCUGCGGAGCAA